AUGUCGCAACAACCUUUUCAAACCUGGCAGAGUCAGCAUCAGCAACAGCAUCACCAGCAGGAAUACGUUGAUGGCUCAAAUCAGUCUCUAUUGUAUCAAUCGCAAAAUGAAUUGCAGGCAGGACAAUUGCCUCUAUCAUCGUUCAACCUUUCACAAUUACCUAAUACUGAUGUGGGUGGUCUGCCAACAUAUUCUAUUUCGCAAUUGACAAACCAACAACAAGUAGACGAUUCCAAUAUGGUUGUGUACGAACAACUAGUUACAGGUUCUAUUCAGCAACAGAACAACACUCUGUCUGCUCGACAGAACCUGCUUACGCAUCGGCAACAACGUCAACAACAGUGGUUGUCGCAGUACCCGUAUUCAAGACAGCGCGAAGUACGAACACCAAACGAAUAUCAAUUGGACCGACAAAACUCGGUUCAAGACAUGUUUGAAGUUUUUCCGACCGAGCAAUCGGGGUAUGUCCAACAGGUCUAUCCACCAACGGGUAAUCCAAGUAUGUCUCAAUCGCAAGGAAAUAUUCACCAAGUGUCUCAAUUACAAAACAACUUUAGUCAACUAGGAAACGGGUUUCCAAAUCAACCUUCCCAAAUGGAAACUGAUGAGCGAUCUUUGCAAUCUCAAGAAAGGAAUCUGAAGCUUACACAAAUAAAGAAAUCGAGGCCGAGCACUUUUCAGGUUCAGUUUCUGUAUGUCAACUCUGUUAUACUCAACAACUAA